UUGUGGCGUCGGCGGGUUCCAGGCGUUUCGAGCUCCAGACAGGAUGAUCGAGGUGGUUUGCAACGACCGUCUAGGGAAGAAGGUCUGUGUUAAGUGCAACACUGAUGACACCGUCGGGGACCUUAAGAAGCUGAUCGCAGCCCAAACCGGCACCCGUUGGAACAAGAUUGUCCUGAAGAAGUGGUACACGAUUUUUAAGGACCAUGUGUCUCUGGGGGACUAUGAAAUCCAUGAUGGGAUGAACCUGGAGCUUUAUUACCAAUAG